UGAAAAAGAAGAUUGAUUGUCUAUUUGCCGUCAAAAUAAUUUUUAAAUCAAUACAUAUGUCAUAAUAUUUGAAAGUUUUAAUUUUAUUCGGAUAAAAUAAGAACGAGUCCAAAUUAUGAGUGACCCAAAAUACAGCAAUAAAUUUUAUAAUGAUAAUUGUGAUGGUCCAACAACUGAAGAAAGACUUAAGUUAAUAACAUCUAUUCCAUCAUUUAUACCGUCUCGAUCGCCGAGUGGUGAAUUAUUUCACAAACGUGAAUUAAUGGAUCCACGAGAAUUAUUGGAACAACGCGAAUUAAUGGAACAGCAGGAAUUGUUAGAGCAGCAUAAACUAAUGGAAAAAAGAAGGUUUCUGGAAGAGCAACAGCAGUACAUAGAAGAUCAAAAACGCGCUUUGAGCAUUACCCGGAGUAUGAAUAGAAGAGAUUUGAUGGAAGUCCAAAAAAAAUCCUUAUUUUCCGGAUUGAUAGGAGAUAGCCGAGGAAAGAAACUGGGAAACAUAACGACAAACAUAUCCAGAAACCAAGCAAUACAUCCAGCUGUAGAAAAAUGGUUCACCGCUAUGGACACUAAAAACGAAGGUAGAAUUUCGUCGAAAGAACUUCAACAAGCCUUCGAAAUUUUUCAAGGGAAACGAUUUUCUGACGCAGCUUGUAAAUUCGUCGUUAGAAUAUUCGAUCUUGAUAAAAACGGUGGAUUGGAUAUUAAAGAAUUCGAAACACUAUACUACCAUAUAAAACUGUGGAUAAACGCUUUCAAUACUUACGAUAAAGCCAGCUCUGGAUUUUUAGACGAAAACGAAUUGGAUUAUGCGUUGAGACUUCUAGAUAUUCAUUUCUCUUCUGAUUUUAUACAUUUUUUAGUAACCAGAAGCAAUCCAAACGCUAAGAAAAUUUCUUUAGAUCAAUACAUCAUCACUUGCAUUCAAAUACAAAAGUUUACCGACGAAUUUAAACGUAGAGAUCCUAAUUACACCGGAAACAUCAAUAUUAAAUAUGAAGACUUUCUCGAAAUGAUACUCAGAUGUUUGUAGAAUCAAUUGAAUGCAUUUGGAAUAAAUUCUAGACGAUUGUAAAAUAUUACAGAGUUUAAUUAAGUACUUUUUUAGUCUUGUGGCUCAUAAUAAAUUGUGUUUCAUA